CCCCUCCCCGCCAAACUAGAUCCAUCUUGCUGUGACUGUUUGCAUGACCUAUUUUUCUGGCUACAAACAGCUAGCAUUACCUGUUCUAAACAUCUGGAAUUACCUGCCUGCUUAGUCACCUUCCCUCUGGCUUCAAACAGCUGCAGGGCCCCACCCCCUCUCCACCUCCUGUCCAUCUAGGGUCCCUCCCUCCCUUUUUUCUUCCUGGAAGGAUCUGGAGGUACCAGAUCCACAAGUUCCGAUGCCUUUAAAAGGAUCAGCCUGGGAAAUAAGGCUCAUUUGAGAGCUGUGACGUUCACCUUGACUCUAGUGAAAGUCCAACAGCCAGUCCCCUUUUGGCCUCCAACCGGGCACCAUGAGGGCCCGCGUGCCCUUGAUAGUGGCCAUGCUCUGCAGCCUGGCCUGGGCUGGAAAAAUGGAGUCAUGUGCGUCUCGCUGUAAUGAGAAAUUUAACCGGGAUGCUGCUUGCCAGUGUGACCGCCGGUGUCCCCGGCACGGGGACUGCUGUGAAGACUAUGACCAGCUGUGUACCGUGGAUGAGGACCCCAAUGAGCCAGAGCCAUUCCUGGAGCUGGAGGAAGAGACAGAGGCCCCAGCGAGCCACUUGUACUCGGCGCCCAGCUCCUGCCGGGACCGCUGCCAGGAGGCCUUCGACAGGCACCAACCAUGCCACUGUGAUGCCCGCUGCCCAGAGUUUGGGAACUGCUGCAAGGAUUUCGAGAGCCUGUGUGGCCACGAGGGCUUCUCCUACAGCAGUGACGCCAUAACCAAGGAGGAACUGCAGAGCAUCUCUGAGAAGAUCUACAGGGCAGACACCAACAAAGCCCAGAAGGAAGAUGUCAUUAUUAACAGCCAAAACCGCAUCUCGCCCUCGGAGACCGGAGACCAAGUGGACUGCUGCCCAGAGCCGCUCUUCACAUAUGUCAACGAGAGGCUGUUUUCCAAGCCGACCUACGCCGCCUUCAUCAACCUCCUCAACAACUACCAGCGGGCCACGGGCCGUGGGGAGCACUUCAGUGCCCAACAGCUGGCUGAGCAGGAUGCCUUCCUCAGAGAGGUCAUGAAGACGGCAGUCAUGAAGGAACUCUAUGCCUUCCUCCAUCACCAGAACCGCUACAGCUCGGAACAAGAGUUUGUCAGUGACUUGAAGAACAUGUGGUUUGGGCUCUAUUCAAGAGGCAAUGGAGAGGAAGACUCAAGUGGCUUUGAACAUGUCUUCUCAGGUGAAGUCAAAAAAGGCAAAGUCACUGGCUUCCAUAACUGGAUCCGCUUCUACAUGCAAGAGAAGGAGGGCCUGGUUGACUAUUACAGUCACAUCUAUGACGGCCCCUGGGAUUCUUACCCCGACGUGUUAGCCAUGCAGUUCAACUGGGACGGCUACUACAAGGAAGUGGGCUCAGCCUUCAUCGGCAGCAGCCCUGAGUUUGAGUUGGCGCUCUACUCCCUGUGCUUCAUUGCCAGGCCCGGCAAAGUGUGCCAGUUAAGCCUGGGUGGAUACCCCUUGGCCAUCCAGACCUAUACGUGGGACAAGUCCACCUAUGGAAAUGGCAAGAAAUACAUCGCCACAGCCUAUGUGGUAUCUUCCACCCAAUAGAGCUUGGAGCCAGACAGGGGCAUGAGGACAGUGGGAGCUCUUGCAAGACUCAGGUGCUAUCUGCUCUGGGCUGGAGGAGGAUGGGGAAGACUGGAGGGGGGAUUCCCAAGUCUAAAAAUGCCCUUACGGGAAAGAGGGAAAAGAAACAAGUAAGAAAAAUGCAGAGAAACUGUCAAAUCUUUGUGCUAUAGCAUUUUGGAAAUAGAGUCCAGACAGAGAAGAUGGGAGCCCUCCACAGCCCUUUGCCCUGAUAGAUACAAGUCCUUGAUGUCUCUAGGCCUCAUGUUUCCUUUGAAUGUAAAGGGAAGGAGUUUUCCCCCUUUCCUUUUUGGGUAGGUUGGUGAGAGGGCAAACCUGACGGUAUCGUUACCGUGAAGGUGUUUUCAAUUGUUCUUAAGAAGAACAGCAGAUAAAAAUUUAAGGUCACUGUAACGGCUGUUAUCGUACACAGCUUUGCAAACUGAAGUUCAGCCCUAUGUCGGGGCCUCAAAGGACUCUGGUCAUGGAAAUUAAGCAGUGGCCGUUUGGUCUUUUCUAGGGUUAUAUCCUCUCAGAACAGGGUCUGGGAGAACGCUGAUGCCUGAUGGAGAGGAUAAUGGGUUGGCACUGUGAGUGAACCUGGGAGGGAGUGAACUUCUCCGGGCCUGGGUGUUUUUGCAGCCAGCUCAGUGCCUGCAUCAAGAAGCAUUCUACUUGUUUAGUGCAGGUGCAGAGGUGUAUUUUGACCCCACAUAUUUUGUGAAAGAGUCCCCCAAAUGGGAAGAAGAUUUUGCAUCAGAAGAAAGGAAUUUACAGCUUGGUGGCAUUAACAGUUAUUUUAAGGGCUUAUCCAGCAGCCAUCAUUUUACUCUGGAAUUAAAGACCAGGGAGAAUGGGACUCCCUCUUCCAACCUCAGUUAUGCAUUUCUCCCUGACCUCAGGGAGAACCAGAUACUGUCUCACGGAACUAGGUUUGAAUGAUGGUUUACAGCGUUCGAGUCUCCAAUUAAAGUCAUUAAGAAAACCUGAAA